AUGUCUGCCCUUUCAAAGUAUAUUUCUUAUUACAAAGAUGUACUUAUGACUUUAUAUUGCAGUUUGAAGGGGAAUUUUGUUGCAAGCAUGACAGCAAUUUUAAGACAAAUGGAAGAUUAUCAUUAUGCUCAUUUAAUCAAGACUUUUGGGAAGAUGAGAUCCGAUGUUGUUGACUUCUUGAUGGAGACAUUUAUUAUGUUCAAAAAUCUAAUUGGGAAGAAUGUGUAUCCUUCAGACUGGGUUAUAAUGAACAUGAUGCAGAAUAAAGUCUUUCUGCGAGCAAUUAAUCAGUAUGCAGAUAUGCUAAACAAAAAAUUUCUUGAUCAAGCCAACUUUGAGCUACAGCUUUGGAACAACUAUUUCCACCUUGCUGUUGCUUUUCUUACCCAAGAAUCACUGCAACUUGAGAACUUUUCAAGUACCAAAAGAGGCAAGAUACUUAACAAGUAUGGUGAUAUGAGGAGACAAAUUGGCUUUGAGAUCCGAGACAUGUGGUAUAACCUGGGCCAACAUAAGAUCAAAUUCAUUCCUGAGAUGGUGGGGCCCAUGUUAGAAAUGACACUGAUCCCUGAAACUGAACUUAGAAAAGCUACUAUUCCAAUCUUCUUUGAUAUGAUGCAGUGUGAGUUUCAUUCUACCCGGAGCUUCCAGAUGUUUGAAAAUGAGAUCAUCACCAAGUUGGAUCAUGAAGUAGAAGGAGGCCGAGGAGAUGAACAGUAUAAAGUGUUGUUUGAAAAAAUUCUCCUGGAGCAUUGCAGAAAACAUAAGUACCUUGCCAAAACGGGUGAAACUUUUGUUAAACUUGUGGUUCGUCUGAUGGAGAGACUUCUAGAUUACAGAACGAUUAUGCAUGAUGAAAACAAGGAGAAUCGCAUGAGCUGUACUGUCAAUGUAUUGAAUUUCUACAAAGAGAUUGAAAGAGAAGAAAUGUACAUAAGGUAUUUGUACAAGCUUUGUGACCUGCACAAAGAAUGUGAUAACUACACCGAAGCCGCCUACACAUUACUUCUGCAUGCAAAACUUCUUAAGUGGUCUGAAGAGCCAUGUGCUGCACAUCUUACUCAGCGGGAUGGAUACCAGGCAGCAACGCAAGGACAACUGAAAGAUCAGCUCUAUCAAGAAAUUAUCCAUUAUUUUGACAAGGGCAAGAUGUGGGAAGAAGCCAUUGCCUUGGGCAAAGAACUUGCCGAACAGUACGAAAAUGAAAUGUUUGAUUAUGAACAACUCAGUGAACUACUGAAAAAGCAAGCACAGUUUUAUGAAAGUAUUGUGAAAGUAAUCAGACCCAAACCAGAUUACUUUGCUGUUGGAUACUAUGGACAAGGGUUUCCUACAUUUCUGCGCAACAAAGUUUUUAUUUAUCGAGGAAAAGAAUAUGAGCGUCGUGAAGAUUUUGAAGCAAGGUUGUUAACCCAGUUUCCAAAUGCUGAAAAAAUGAAGACAACAUCUCCCCCAGGCGAAGAAAUUAAAAAUUCCCCUGGACAGUAUAUUCAGUGCUUCACUGUAAAACCAAAACUUGAUUUACCAUCAAAGUUCCACAAGCCAGUAUCAGAACAAAUUUUAAGUUUCUACAGGGUGAAUGAGGUUCAGCGAUUUGAGUAUUCACGACCAAUUCGAAAAGGAGAGAAAAACCCUGACAAUGAAUUUGCGAAUAUGUGGAUUGAGAGAACCAUUUAUGUGACGGGAUAUAAAUUACCUGGGAUUUUAAGAUGGUUUGAAGUCAAAUCAGUUUUUAUGGUUGAAAUCAGCCCACUUGAAAAUGCAAUAGAAACCAUGCAGUUAACAAAUGAUAAAAUCAACAAUAUGGUUCAGCAACAUUUGAAUGAUCCAAAUCUACCAAUUAAUCCUCUGUCUAUGCUGCUAAAUGGUAUUGUGGAUCCUGCAGUUAUGGGUGGCUUCACCAACUAUGAAAAGGCAUUUUUUACUGAAAAGUACAUCCAUGACCAUCCAGAGGAUCAUGAAAAAAUUGAAAAACUGAAGGACCUAAUAGCAUGGCAGAUUCCAUUCCUGACUGAAGGUAUCCGAAUUCACGGAGAGAAAGUAACAGAAGCACUUAGGCCAUUUCAUGAGAGGUUGGAAGCCUGUUUCAAGCAACUGAAAGAAAAAGUUGAGAAGCAAUAUGGUGUCAGGAGUCUGCCCUCCACUGUGGAUGAUAGACGAGGCAGUCGUCCAAGAUCUAUGGUUAGAUCAUUCACAAUGCCUUCUUCCUCAAGGCCACUGUCUAUUGCAUCUGUUUCCUCAAUUUCAUCUGACAGCACACCUUCUAGACCUGGCUCUGAUGGGUUUGUGCUUGAGCCCCUUCUGCCAAAGAAAAUGCAUUCUAGAUCACAAGAUAAGUUGGACAAGGAUGACCCAGAUAAAGAUAAGAAGGAGAAGAAGAAAGAAAAGAGAAACAGCAAACACCAAGAGAUAUUUGAAAAAGAAUUUAAAUCGACAGAUAUUUCUCUGCAACAGUCUGAAGCAGUGAUCCUUUCAGAAACGAUCAGUCCUCUGAGACCACAAAGACCAAAGAGCCAAGUGAUUAAUGUCAUGGGAAGUGAAAAACGUCUUUCUGUUUCACCAUCACCACCUUCUCAGCCUAUCCCUCCACCAAUCACUCCAAGGGCCAAGCUUUCUUUCAGUCUGCAGUCCAGUCUAGAACUAAAUGGCAUGAAUAGUUUGGAAAUGACAGACAUUCCUCCUCCGUUGCCUGUGAAAGGUAGUGUGGCAGAUUAUGGGUGUCUCACGGACAGCCAGGAAUCCGUUAGCCCUGCCACAUCUCCACCUGUACCACAGAGGCAACUGCCACCUCCACUACCAAGCAAAACACCACCACCACCUCCUCCAAAGACUACUCGGAAGCAAACUUCUGUGGACUCUGGGAUUGUCCAGUGACUCGAGAAAGGAUACCUCCAAAGACUAAGCUAUAAAGUUUAUUUUUUCCAAAAGAUUUUUAAAGAUGUACACUGUGUUUACACUGUUCAACACCUGCAGCAUCUAACAUUUAGUGCAAUAGUUCACACUUUCAGAGUGAUAUCAUUUCCAAGUAAGGUUGCAGGAUUAUGGACAUCUCCACUCCCCUCCCCCCAGCUUUCCAUAUGGCAACAUAUUAUUUACCUUUUUUAAAAUUUUUAAAUGGUUCCAUGACUUCUAGAAUCUUGGACUAUUUACAGUAAAGGAGUAGCAUCACACAGGAUCAAAGAAUAGGUCACUCCUCCACUGCAUUGACACAAAUAAGCCUUAUGAAAUAAAUUGACCGAAUGCCAGGAGUUCGAUUUUAGUAUCAUGAUUUUGUAAUCUUUGGUGUUGAGGAAUUAGUAAAAUAAAAACAUUUGUGAAUACAUCUAUAAUUGUGCUGGGCUGCCAUUAAUGCUGGCCUUUCAUUGGCUGAUUGCUCUUUAAAGUUGAAUUAUAACUGAAUGUGAUCCAGCCAACAACAGCUGCACAUGGUUUGGCUUGUAUUUUAGCAUAUUUUAGGCUCCUGAGCAGGCAUUAAUUUAUGAGGAAUGCAAAUACAGAAGUACUGAUAAUCUUAAAGUAAAAAAAUAGGAAUGGGGAAACAUAACAUUUUACAUGGGGUUGAUUACAGUUGUGUCAUUCUGUACAGACAUUUUGUAUAUAUGAUAGGUCUUAACAGUGUGUUUAAUUUCAUUAUGCCUGCUUUUUAAUAAUGGUGCGAUGUAACACAAAUGUGUUACAACCUUUUAAACUUUGGUA